AUGCAAAUAUCCUUCAAAAAGAUUGAUAAUCGUGUAACGCCUGAUAGUUCAGAUGACGAAGAUGAUGACGACGAUUUUGAUUGCGACCGAACCAACGUAGACCAACACAAUCAAGAACCUGUUCAUUUACGAAGAUCCCAGCGAGAAAGAAGACAACCAAAUAGACUUGGAUUUGAACAUUGA